AUGUCGGCUUCCUCCAUCCAAACGUUCUUUCCGAGGGAGGUUUCGACAACGCCUCACACUGCUUCGAGAGAUAGAACGGGACCGCCGCGAGUCGACGGCUUUACCCAAGCAGAAAUAGAGUCUGGACACAACCCCCUUGACCGGAUUUGGAACCCAUCGGAAGAGUACUCGGAGGUGCGUAUUGGGCAGAUUGAGCCGGGCCCAAAUCGCAUAUGCUUCACUGGCCGCGUCGUCAAUUACACACCGGCUCUCCUCGACUCUAAGAACAACUACAGCCGCCCGGCACACCAGCUGGUCGUCAUUGAUGGAACCGGUGCAAUAGCAGUCAAGGUCAUUCCAAUCGGGAUUCCAGCAUCAAUUCUGGUGAUAGGUCAGCUCGUCACCAUAUGGGCGACUUGGGUAGGAAGCACAGGAGGUGCACAUUAUGCCAGCAUUCCUUAUGUGACCACGUACACGCCCAUCAAUCCGGUGGACGUUGGCACCAGGCAGUUCAUUCAGUUUCUCCCGGACACUGUCGAAAACCAACAACUCUACAGAACGCCUUUGGAAUGCGACCAAGGCAAACAGGACCCCAAACCACUUCCAGGCUUGAUGACUCUUUGUCAAUACCUCAAGACGGGGUAUGAGACUGCAGGGGCUCGAAUUAUUGUCUGCGUCAAAAGUAUUGGAUCUCGGAAACGUGUUGUGACGAAAGACCGCUCGAGAGAGCUGGAACUUCUCGAGAUCACGGUCUGGGACGAUACCGCCAGUUGUGUGUUGACUCUCUGGGAAGACAAGGCCAACUCUGCCAGAUUCUGGAAGCCUAACGAGACGAUGCUACUCUUCACGAGUCCGAAAUUUGUGGCCCCACGGGACAACAAGUCAGCACCGACGAACGCCAGCAUCGGUCUUGACCACAAUACCUUGAUUGAUGUCGACCCGGACUUCCAGGACGCCAAGUGGCUUCGACAGUGGGUGGUGAAGAGAGUCAAGAAGGAGUGUGUGUAUAUGCCAUUUCCCAGAGACAUAUGGAAUGCAGAAGAAGCUGUUCAUGGACCGGUCCGGGCGCUCUUCACCCUGGCCGAAGUCGACGACUUCGCCCGCGCUGACCCGGCCAGUGACUUCACCGGCAAGUUGAACCUCACCAUACUCGGUAUAGACCUGCUGGAUCUUAGUCGCAGAAAGAUGCUUUGCUGCAUAGAGUGUUGUGGAGUUCCCCUAUAUGCAAACCAAACGUCUGCGACAUGCAAGAACUGCUUGCAAGAAAGGUCCCUCGUUCUCAACCCCCGAAUCAUGGGUAUCCUGGCAGACGAAACAGGCUGCGUUGCACAAGGGAAGCUUGUCUGGAGUGACCAGGCUUGGAGCGAGCUCUUCUUCCCCGCUAUCGAGUCAAGCGACACGGCGAACACGGAGCCGGAGGCAGCGGGCGAGGUGAAGCUACUUCCACUUCCUUCUUCCCUUCGUCCCAUAGCUUCAUGGGAGGAGCUUACCUUGAAGGAUGCCAGUGGACUCCGAAUCUUGGAGGAGCAAAUGUUGUACGCCCGUUUUACUUUGACAUUCGGCUAGUCCCCGUUUGUCGAGCGGCUGUGUGUGCUUGGAGUUGAGUGGUGAAGGGUUCGUAUCUUCCAAGAGUGGCUCAAAAGCGGGGGUUGCAGUUCUGUUUCGUCAUGGUGUUGGUGGUGUAAAGGGGUUGCUCAGCUGGCGAUGAGGGGUCAGGACGAGGAACUCAGAAGACGCGGC